AUGAAGUCCGUCUCGGAGUUGUUCGGCGACAGGAGCGACGUGGCUGUCACCGCUGCGGCUGCAGUGACCGUGGGUCUGGGGCUCUCCCUCCUCCUGCACAGCACCAAGAAGAGCAAGAUGAGCGACACUCGCAAGCUCCCGCCCAUGCCCAAGACCACGCUCCCCAUUCUCAAGAACAUCCUGGACGCCGGUGGCAACGCCGAGCGCUUCCACGACUGGCUCAACGAGCAGUCCAUCGAGUUCGACAACCGCCCGUGGAUGCUCUCGAUUCCCGGUCGCCCCGCCACCAUCGUGCUCUCGUCCCCUGAAAUGUUCGAGGACGUGCUCAAGACCCAGGACGACGUGUUCCUGCGCGGCCCCAGCGGCCAGUACAUCAGCUUCGACCUGUUCGGCAACGGCAUGGUCAUCACGGACGGAGACCUGUGGUUCUACCACCGCAAGACGGCCAGCCACCUCUUCUCCAUGCAGAUGAUGAAGGACGUGAUGGAGGCCACUGUACGCGAGAAGCUGGCCGUGUUCCUGGAUGUGCUGGGCGUCUACCACCAGCGCGGCCAGCAGUUCAGCGCCAAGCAGGAGCUGAGCCACUUCACCAUGGACGUCAUCGCCAAGAUCGCCUUCUCCAUUGAGCUCAACACGCUGAAGGACAGUCCGGACCGGGAGGACGACCACGAGUUCCUGAAGGCAUUUAACAAGGCCUGCGUGGCGUUUGGUGUGCGUAUCCAGUCCCCCAUGUGGCUCUGGAGACUCAAGAGAUACCUGAACGUGGGCUGGGAGAAGGUCUUCAAGGAGAACAACACGAUCAUCCAGAACUUCAUCAACGACGUGAUCGUGCAGUCCAUGAACAAGAAGGCGGAGUAUUCUGCUAAGGGCGAGAAGAUGGUGGCGAGGGACCUCAUUACGCUCUUCAUGGAGAGCAAUUUGAGGCACAGUGAGGACAUCCACAUCGCGGAUGAUGACGCUACGAUCAUGAGAGAUAUGGUCAUGUCCUUCGCGUUUGCCGGCAAGGACUCGACAGCAGACAACAUGUGUUGGUUCAUCGUCAACAUGAACCGCUAUCCUGAAGUUUUGAAGAAGAUCCGCGAAGAAAUGAAGGAGAAACUGCCUGGUCUCCUCACGGGUGAGAUCAGGGUGCCCACGCAGGAGCAGCUCCGUGAUCUCGUCUACCUGGAGGCGGUGAUGAAGGAGAACAUGCGGCUCCACCCGUCCACGGCGUUCAUCAUGCGUGAAGCUAUGGACAACACGACGCUGGUGGACGGCACGUUUGUUGAGAAGGGCCAGACGCUCAUGAUCUCGUCCUACUGCAACGCGCGCAACAAGAGGACGUGGGGCGACGACUGCCUCGAGUUCAAGCCGGAGCGCAUGAUCGACCCCGAGACGGGCAAGCUGCGCGUGCUGUCGCCCUACGUCUUCAGCGGCUUUGGCGCGGGCCAGCACGUGUGUAUCGGCCAGAAGUUCGCCAUGAUGGAGAUCAAGACAACGCUGGCCACGCUCUACAGCAAGUUUGACAUCAAGACGGUGGAGGACCCAUGGGAGAUCACGUACGAGUUCUCGCUCACCAUGCCAGUCAAGGGAGGACUGAGCGUGGAGGUCACGCCGCUGACGCCCUUAAAGCGGGCGUCCUCGGCUUGUAAGUGA